ACAGGAAGUUCCGCGCAGGCGCACAUCAUUCUUCAGAAUAAAGGAUACGUCAGAAUUGUGCAGUCGAGACGACAACUUCUGUGUCCGUUUCAAAUGUAUUACUACUGAUUAAGUCUGAGGCCGGUAACAUCAACAGUGAGGACAAACCCAGCCUGCCUCUCCUUCCACACUGACUCCAAACCUACAGUCACUGGGUCUUGAUUGUGACAGUGGAGCCCAGUUUGUACUGCAGGAUCCAGAGAUGGCAUCAGUGAAGCUGGAAGACUGCAGUCAAACACUGGAGAUGAAUGCCAACAUUAAAGAUGAAGAAGAGGAGGAGGAGAUUGGGACAUCUGUUAAUCAUGGUAUGAGGUCGUUAACAUCAACAGUGAGGACAAACCCAGCCUGCCUCUCUCCUUCCACAUUGAGUCCAAACCUACUGUCACUGGGUCCUGAUUGUGACAGUGGAGCCCAGUUUGCUCUGCAGGAUCCAGAGAUGGCAUCAGUGAAGCUGGAAGACUGCAGUCAAACACUGGAGCUGAAUGUAAACAUUAAAGAUGAAGAAGAGGAGGAGAAGAUUGGGAAAUCUGUUUCUCAUGGACCACUACAAUUAAGUCUGAGUCCGGUAACAUCAACAGUGAGGACAAACCCAGCCUGCCUCUCUCCUUCCACACUGAGUCCAAACCCACAGUCACUGGGUCCUGAUUGUGACAGUGGAGCCCAGUUUGCACUGCAGGAUCCAGAGAUGGCAUCAGUGAAGCUGGAAGACUGCAGUCAAACACUGGAGCUGAAUGUCAACAUUAAAGAUGAAGAAACGGAGGAGAAGAUUGGGAAAUCUGUUUCUCAUGGAGACCAUGUUGAGACAUUCUCUACAUCCAGAGAGGAACAGCAGGAAGCUCACAGAGCUAAGAGGUCUUACCCCUGCCCACAUUGUGAGGAGAUUUUCCCAUUUCUAUCAAAGCUAAAAGUACACCUAAAAAUACACACAGGAGAGAAUCGUUAUUCCUAUACUGACAGUGGGAAGAAUUUCACAACAUCCAAGGCUCUGACAGUUCAUCAGAGAGUGCACACAGGAGAGAAGCUGUUCUCCUGCUCUGACUGUGUAAAAUGCUUCACAACAUCAACUAGGCUAAAAGUUCAUCAAAGAACACACACAGGAGAGAAGCCUUACAUCUGCUCUGACUGUAAGGCGAGUUUCUCUCUACUGCGCAACUUAAAACGACAUGAACGUUUACACACAAGAGAGAAGCUUUACUCCUGCUCUGACUGUAAGGCGAGUUUCUCUCUACUGUGCAACUUAAAACGACAUGAACGUAUACACACAGGAAAGAAGCCUUACAUCUGCUCUGACUGUAAGGCGAGUUUCUCUCUACUGCGCAACUUAAAACGACAUGAACGUUUACACACAGGAGAGAAGCUUUACUCCUGCUCUGACUGUAAGGCGAGUUUCUCUCUACUGUGCAACUUAAAACGACAUGAACUUAUACACACAGGAGAGAAGCCUUACUCCUGCUCUGACUGUGGAAAGAGUUUCUCUCGACUGGGCCACCUAAAAACACAUAAACAUAUACAUACAGGAGAGAAGCCUUACUCCUGCUCUGACUGUGGAAAGAGUUUCUCUCGACUGGGCCACUUAAAAACACAUAAACAUAUACAUACAGGAGAGAAGCCUUACUCCUGCUCUGACUGUGUAAAAUGCUUCACAACAUCAACUGAGCUAAAAGUUCAUAAAAGAACACACACAGGAGAGAAGCCUUACUCCUGCUCUGAUUGUGUAAAAUGCUUCACAACAUCAACUAGGCUAAAAGUUCAUCAGAGAACACACACAGGAGAGAAGCCUUACAUCUGCUCUGACUGUGCGGCGAGUUUCUCUGUACUGUGCCACUUAAAACGACAUGAAAGUAUACACACAGGAGAGAAGCCUUACUCCUGCUCUGACUGUGCGGCGGGUUUCUCUCUACUGUGCAACUUAAAACGACAUCAACGUUUACACACAGGAGAAAAGCCUUAUCACUGCACUGACUGUGAGAAGAGAUUCUACAGAUUGGGCCAUUUAAAAAGACACCAAUGUAUACAUAAAGGAGAGAAGUCUCAUCAGUUCUCUCAGACCAGCUAAGAUUAGACACCACUUAAUUCUCAUGUCAUUAAAUAAUUGGCAACGUUGAAUUGAAUCAAAUGAAGAAAGCGUAGAACACUCUUGUUGUUUCUCACUGUGAGAGAACUGUUCAGAGGGAAUGGAGCAUUAUAGAAUGUAAGCCUGUCUUUACUGAUCAUUGUACACCUUGACAGUUUUGGUGAGUUUUGUUAGCAUCUACUGUAAAGAUAUUGAGAUGACCUUGGAUUUGCCCUUAAGGUUGAAUAUCCUUUGUGAGGCUUCUCACAGUGGAGUCUGAUGGUUAACUGAGUGGUACUGCUUCACUCUGCAGUUUUCUGUGGGAUUGAGCUAGUAGUUACAACAUGCACUGAGUGUACAGAACAUUAACGACAACUGUUCUUUCCUUGACAUAGACUGACCAGCUGAACCCAGGUGAAAGCUAUGAUCUUUAAUGAUCUAGUUGUGUAUUUAUUGGAAACAUACUGCCUGGUCUGAUGAAUCCCAGUUCAUGCUGUUUCAUACUGAUGGGACGAAAUGGUGGAAAAAGUACCUAACUGUCAUACUUGAGUAAAAGUAAUAAUACCUUAAUAUAAAAUGACUCAAGUGAAAGUGAGUCACCCAUUAAAAUACUACUUGAGUAAAAGUAUUUGGUUGUAAAUAUACUUAAGUAUCAAAAGUAAAAGUAUGAAUAAUUUCAAAUUCCUUCAAUUAAGCAAACCAGACGGCACAUUUGUCUUUAAAAAAUAUAUAUAGUACGGAUAGCCAGGGGCAGACUCCAACACUCAGACAUCAUUUACAAACGAAGCAUUUGUGUUUAGUGAGUCCGCCAGAUCAGAGGCAGUGGGGAUGACCAGGGAUGUUGUCUUUUAGUGCGUGAAUUGGACCAUUUCCUGUCCUGCUAGUCGUAAAAAAUGUCGGGUAUUUUGGGUGUCAGGGAAAAUGUAUGGAGUAAAAAGUACAUUAUUUUAUUUCGGAAUGUAGUGAAGUAAAAGUUGUCAACAAUAUAAAUAAUAAAGUACAGAUACGCCCAAAAAACUGCUAAAUUUGUUAUUUAAAGAAAUUAUUCUGAAAAAAGGGGUCAAAUUAAAAACAAACAAAAAAUAUAUAAAUAGUAAAGUACAGAUACAACUAAAGUAGGUCUUUAAAUAAUUUUUGCUUCAGUACUUUACACCACUGCAUGCAUCCAUGCCGUGUGUCAGCAUUACAGGCUGGUGGUGUGAUGGUUGGGGUGUGUUUUCAGGACACACAUUGGGCCUCUUGAUAAAAGUUGAGCAAUGUUUGACUGCCACAGGAUAUCUAAAUAAUUACUGCCAAUCAGGUGCCUCCCUUCAUGGCAGCAGUGUAUCCAUCUGCAAGUUGUUUUCUUCAGCAGGAUUAUGCCACAAGGCUUGUCCAGGAAUUGUUCCAAUAACAUGACAGGGAAUUCAGCUUACUGUGGGAGGAGAUGGAACGAGCUAUUCGGAGUUGACACCUUGGACAGUCUAUGCACUGAUGAAUUGAGGAUGUUCUGAGGACAAAGGGAGGUGCAACUCAAUAUUUUGAAGGUGUUCCUAAUGUUUUGUACACGGUGUAUAUCAGAUAAAGAUGAGGUGGUCAGUUUUUAGCAUUGGUAUGGGUGUAUUAUUUUAUUACUAAACUUUUGUUUAAUGAUUAACAGACUAUGAAUCUACUACUUGUUUAUUAAAUUGUCUUUAAUACUUGAUUCAUUAUUGUAGUCAUUGAUGAUGAAUGUAUUUGAAAGACUGUAUUGAAGUUAAUUCAUCUGGUGGCAGGUAGCCUAGCGGUUAAGAGUGUUAUUCCAGUAACUGAAAGGUUGCUUGUUUGAAUCCCGAGCCGACUUGGUGUAAAAAUCUGUCAUUGUGCCCUUGAACAAGCCAAUUAACCCUUAUUUGUCCUGUACCCUUAUUUGUCUUGUAAAUCUCUCUGGAUAAGAGCAUCCGCUAAAUUACAAGAAUGUAAUGAAAAAUGUUUGUACAUUUCUUUUCUCUCUUGUGUAUAAUUAAAUGAAAUAAACUGUAUAUACUAUAAACAACAUUACCACUUUGUUUACCCUGGUCAGAGGGACAGGACCAUAGUAAACUAGACUAUGUAACUGCUGCUGUCAGUAGCCUACAGUCUCCAUGUAAUACAGCAUGUCAGAUCACUAAUGAUUAGGUGUAUAGGCUGCUACAUUUCUGCUUAUGUCUUUUGGGAGUGAUAUGUUAUCAGGCUAAGUAACUACGAGGUACAUUAUUUACCCAUUUCAAUCUUAUACCAACCAACCCUGUGCUUGGUGUGACUGGUAUGGUCAGAACAGACCAUCUGAUAUGCCCUUAAAUAUUGUAAUAUGCAACCUGGAAUUAAAAUGUAAGAGGACCAGUGCUUCUACAGUGAAUCACAUUGUGCUGUUUGAGAGAGCUGUUGUUAGACUGUAUUGUAUCAUUGUUUCCUCUUCUGAGUGCACUGGUGGGCAACAAUAUAAUUUCAAUUCACAGAGACAAUGAAUAUUUCAUACUUAUUUUCCCCCAUAAUUUGUAAAUAAAUUCAUUAAAUCCUAC